AGGGAUAAAUGGGAGGGUGUGAGGGAGACGGAUAAAUGUGAACGUCCACGUCGGAGCCACAUUCAACAGGUUCCAGGAUGGAGUUCAGAGGAUUUUCUGUUCUGCUGGGCGUCUUGCUGCUCAUCCACUGCUCACUGCAGCAGACUGCAACCAGGAAGAAGCCGGUGAAGAAAGAUACAUUGCGGGAUUCUGCUGUGGUGGAGCUGCAGAAACAGAUUGAGGAAAUCGUUCAGGAUCUCAACCUGCUGAAGGAAAAACAAGCUCUGCAAACAGUUUGUUUAAAAGGUGAAAAGAUCCAUGGGAAAUGUUUCUUGGCCGACCCUCUGAAGAAGCGCUACCACACUGCCAGUGAAGACUGCAACUCUCUGGGCGGCGUUCUGGCUACUCCCGCCUCCAGCGAGGAGAACCACCGGCUCCGGGACUACAUCCGUCAGAGCGUCGGCCCGGACAGGGAGGUCUGGCUCGGCGUCAACGACAUGACCACCGAGGGCCAGUGGAUGGACCAAACUGGCUCCAGCAUCACGUACAAAAACUGGGACACGUCCAACUUCAGGUCUCCACAGCCAGAUGGCGGCAAGUCGCAGAACUGCGUUGCCAUGACGUUGACCGACGGGAAGUGGCUCGAUGAGAACUGCCGCGAAGAAAAGCCCUCAGUCUGCGAGUUCAACAUAGUUUGAACCAGAGGUGGAAAGUAAGAAAGUAAAAGUACUCAGUUAUUGUACUUACGUAGAUUUUCAGAUACUUGAGUACUUAUCUUACUGUUACGCCCUACAUUUUAAGAGAAAUAUCUGUACUUUCUGCUCUUUAUAUUUUCACAUAUGAUGAAAAAAUAAUGACGAAAGAAAUCCACCAUUCGCACAAAAAGUGUUAUAGCGUCGGUAUUUCACUAAUUAGUUAGACGCAACCAAAGUGAAGAAGAAGAACACGAGAAAAACAACAUGGAUGGAGGCUUUAAUCCAGGAGUGUCCAAAUUGUGAUUUUGUGCGGCCCUUGGCAGCUCAAAGUUGCAGUGAAAUAUUCACUGCCUUUCAAAAAUACGUAGGAAGUCUUCUAGAUAUGCAAGGUACAAAACAAAUACUAAUUUAAUUAGGUUUCACAGCAAACAUUACCACAAA